AUGUCAUGUAUCUUUUGUACUAUUUACGAAUCAAAUAAGUCUAAUAUUCUCUAUGAAUCAGAAAAUUCCUUUGUUAUUGUAGACAGGUAUCCAAUGUCUAAAGGACAUUUAUUGGUAAUUCCUAAAGUACAUCGUUCAUAUUUGCACGAAUAUAAAAAAGAAGAACUUUCUGAUGUAUUAGAUAUUUACAUAAAAAUGGUAAAUAAAUAUAAUAUUAAAAAGUAUAAUUUAUUACAGAAUAAUGAUAACUACCAGAGUGUAUACCAUGUACAUUUUCAUAUUAUUCCUUGUAAUAGUGAAUUAGAAAGAUUAAAGAUAGAUUGGACUCAUAUUAAAAUGGAUGAUAGUGAAUUUAAGGAGUACUGUAAAAACAAUUUUGAAUAA